ACGUUUGUUUACGCUCGCCCCAUAUCACGGUGCAUUUAACCGGAGCACACAAACUGUGGCAUUGACAAACCUCCCGCUCGUCCGAUUUGUACAUCCGCCUCAUCGUCCGCUGCUGUUCACCCUUGGGAUCUAUAUACAGUCUUAAAGAGAUGUCUGGGAAACUGGUGGUAGCGGUCAUCCUCGCUCUCCAAGUGACUGCAUCUGUCUGCGAAUUGCCCCAGCCGUCAACGGAGCUGGUGGACAAGUACACUGAUUUAAAGGAUUCCGUCUACAAGCUGCUAGCAUACGCCGGCAUCAGGGCCAAGGAGGCCUUGGAGCCCCUGGCCCAGCACCUUCCCCAAAGCCAGGCUGCCAAGGAGUACGUGGAGGAACUGCAGGGCAAGCCCCAUGUCCAGAGCGUUGUAAAGGUUGCCACGGGUGCGGCCGGUGAGCUUGCUCCCUUGGUGGACAAAGUUCGCAUGGCCGGCCUGGGUCUGUACGAAACGUACGCCAGGCCCUAUGUCGGAACCUACCUGGACCAGGGCGUCACCGCCAUCAAGGACUUCGUGAAGAACGUACUGCCCCCGGAGGGGCAGUGAGGGGCGGGGCAGCGAGGCAGGCCCGGCGCUUUGGACAGCAAAGUUCGCCCAACCCCGUUAACGCAAUGGCUUUCAAAUUCUGUCGACAGCGAUGAUUACCCAUAAACGCCUGAGCUCCAGCUAUGUAGCCUCCCCUGACUUAAUAGAGAAAAACGACAGAUGUGCACUGCACUUGCACUGCUCAAAACACAGUUAUGCACGCCAGUAGCAGCAUUAGCAUUCUAAAUGUAUGCAGGGUUGUGAAUGACCGCUAUUACAUCAAAUGGAGAGCGAGGCGAAAGAAUGCAAAUGCAAUACUGCGCAUGUAUAGAAAAAGUUGUACUUGAUAUUCCUGUAUGUAAUGCAGUAAGGCACAUCAAAAGGAUAUAAUUUGUGUUUAUACAAUUUCAAUAAAGUUUCUGGAAAACA